GAGGCCAGGACAGAGGGCAGCACGGGGACAGUCCCCGAGGCUGAGCGGGGAGGACGGACAGACGCCCGAGAGGGGACAGAGGGACAGCCACCCGCGCUUCCAGCCCUACGGUGGGCCCUACCCCCCACCCCACCAUCGCCCUUUUAAAACCUCUCCCCUCCCAUUAAUCCCGUAGCGGAAGCUGUUCUGACGCGCGAGUGGGCGGGGACAACCGGUUAUCGGGGUGGUCUGUGUACGGCCUGGCCGCCGCCAUGUCGGCCGCGCUGGACCUGAGAUCGAAGGAGGAGAAGGACGCGGAGCUGGAUAAACGUAUCGAAGCGCUACGGAAGAAGAACGAGGCCCUUAUUAAGCGUUAUCAGGAGAUCGAGGAAGAUCGGAAGAAAGCAGAGCAGGAGGGAAUCGCGGUGACGGCUUUGCGCAGGGUGAGGCCAGUUGAUGCCGAGCCAGAGAGGAGAUGGGUGGACAAGGAUCUCUCCAUCACUGUCCAGGUUAUGCUCUCCCCUGGGGAGAAGCACAUGGUGAAGGACAAGAAGCUGUUGGGCGCCCCAAAACCCAGCCGCAGUGCUGCUCCCCGCGGCUCAGGGCAUGCCGGCCUGCGUCCUUCUGGCCGUUCCCCCCGGGGGAAACCCCCUGCCAAGCCAUUUUGGGAGGGGGCUGGGGGUGACGGCAUGAUCCUGGCAGAGCCCAGUGGCCGGGGAUGGCGCUCGCGGGGCCGGGGGGCAGCUGGCAUGGUGAUGGGGGGUGACGCUGGUCCCGACCGAAAGUCCAAGGAGUGGGAAGAGCGGCGGCGGCAGAACAUCAAGAAGAUGAAUGAGGAGAUGGAGAAGAUUGCGGAGUACGAGAGGAACCAGCGAGACGGGCUUCAUGAGAAGAACCCUGUGCGUAACUUCUUGGAUGACCCAUGCCGCAGUGGCCCCUUCCAGGACGCCGAUCGUAAGGAGGGGAGCCGGCGACAUGUCCGAAAUUGGGGGGGAACUGAUUUCCACAAGGUCAAGGCAGGGAUGGAGCGUGAGAAGACCUGGCAGGGCCCUGGACACUGUUCCAGCCUGAAAGCUGGGGGGCCGCUGGACAUGACGCUCUCCAUGACGGGUCGGGAGCGAGCCGAAUACAUCCGCUGGAAGAAAGAACGGGAACAAAUCGAUCAGGAACGCUUGGCGCGGCACCGCAAACCCACCGGGCAGUGGCGGCGGGAGUGGGAUGCCGAGAAAUCGGACAGCAUGUUCAAGGAGGGCUCUGCGGCACCGCCCGGCUCAGAAAUGAGUGUCGGGGAGGAAAACAAGCGCCCUCCUCCCAAACCUCUCACUUUUGGGGAAUUCCUCACCCCGCAUUGCACCCAGAGGAGGAGAAAGGGCCGGGGAUGUGGCCAGGGUGCCGGGACCAAGCCCUACAGCAUGCACGAUAACCGGUGGGAGGAAAAGGAGCUGCCAGUAUUGACCGAGGAAGCCAAGAGCUGGAAGGCAGAAGAAGCACCGAGUGGGGCCCUCCCGGAGCCCCCCUGCUCCCUGAGCCCUGAGGAAGAUGAGGACCAGUGGGAGGACGUUAGUGAGGAGGAGGAGGAGGAAGGUGGCGGUGGCGGCACCAGCCCAGGAUCAUCGAGCGAGGAUGAAGCACCCUGCAGUGCGUCCCCCAAAGCCCAACGUCUCCCCAGAGCCGGGCAGGCUGUGGCUCCCAAACUGCACGUGCCCCCCACCACUGUGGCACCUGUCCCAGAUGGGGGGGCUGGCACCCCCCUGAGCCCCUUCUCCCCCGUGGAAGGCCACCAGCCCAUCUCGGACUGGGGCGAGGAGAUGGAUCUGGCCUCUCCCCGCAGCAGUCUGGGGGACAGUCCCCUUUCAGGUCCCACUGUCCCCAAGUCGAGAGGGGAUUCCGGAGAGACUCCAGGAGUUACGGCAUUUCCCUGCCAGCCAGAUGCAGAGGUGGCCCCUGGCAUGGUGGAGAUCGCAGACUUUGAGCGGACUGACUCUACCUGCAAAACAUCCCGGAGCUGCUGCGCUUUGCUCCCGGCAUCUCCGGUUUUGGGAUCCGGUUCCUUCCAAAGCCCGGGAAGCGCGUCGGGUGGUGGAGGCUGGCAGGUGCUGCGCUUGCCUGGGAGGCUGCGACAUCUGAUGGCCAAGCGCCCCGAUGUCCUCGAGCAGCCCCUCUGUCACCUGGGUUGCUCCUGCCGUGACUGUUACAGCUUUCUAGAGACUGUGAGCUGGCAGGAAUAACCCGGGGGGGGUGGGGUGGGAAAAAAAAGAAAAUCACCUGCCUGUACCUCCAUGGGGGGUUCCCCGAAAUCCCUUCUGUGCCCACGGGGGAGGUGGGUCGAGCCUGGCAUCAUGGGUGUUUAGGAGCGGAGGAUGCCAGCGCAGGUGGCAGCAUCAAGGGUCCCAAAAGAGUUUGGGGGCUCCAGCUGUGCACCCCCAGUUCCCAGAAGCUCCCCCCAAAGUUCCUGCCCCUGGCAGGGCACUUUGGGGUCCCCUUGUUCUCCUCUGUGCCCUGAAGCUGGGCAGGACGGGUGGGCUUGGCAUCCCCCCCCAACCCCGGGCUGCCUCAUCCCACCGGCUCUUUGUAAAAUAAACCUCCAAAACAUC